GCUUGAAAUUUCCACUUGCCUGCUCGCCAAUGGCGAGUGAAAAUUAUGGUGGGGAUGAAGAUGUCCCCCAGGGCCGUCUUGCUGAGCAGGCUCGGAGCUCAGGCCGGAUCUGUCAUUGGCACUGGGAGCCGUCAGAAUGCUCAAUAGCUGAGCGCAGUGAAAGCAAAGCAAGGAGUGUGUGUUAUGUGCUCUCUGCCUCCCCCUAGAGUGCAGUUCCUGGAUCUGUGAGUGAACAACGAAGUACUGCAACUUUUUAUGGGGGGGAGGCGUGUGUGUGUGUGUUUGUAUGUGUCUGUUUAUGCAUAUACAAUUGUACGUGUCUGUGUGUAUGUACAUGUAUGUGUGUGUGUACGUUUCUGUGUGUGCAUGUAAAUGUGUGUAUGUACGUACGUGUCUGUGUAUGUAUGUACAUGUGUCUGUGUGUGUGUAUUUCUGUGUAUGUACAUGUAUCUGUGUGUAUGCGUGUCUGUGCGUGUGUGUACAUGUUUCUUUGUGUGUAUGUACAUGUCUGUAUGUGUGUACAGGUAUCUCUGUUGUGUGUGUUUGUUGGUGGCGAGUGUGGUAACACCUAAAGGCAAGUGGAUAUGUCCA